AUGGCAGGAGUUAUGCUACAUGUAGACUUUUUAGAGACUAACAGGGGUGGUAGACAUCUUGUAUGGAAUGGCUUUAUAUAUCGCCAUAACAACAAGAGGGACACAUGGAUAUCAUGGAAGUGUACCGAGAAAAACUGCAAAGCUACAUUAUGCACUCGAGAUGACAUACCCACAAAGAUAGGCCAGGUUCACAAUAAUCUUCCAGACCGAGCAGCAGUAGGAUGCAAGAAGAUUAUGAACAACGUACGAACGAGAAUUAAAACCGAACUUCAUCCACUACCAGCCUAUGAUGAAGAAAUAUCCAAACUCCGAACUACGCCAUGGGAUGCUCAGAGUAUAGAGAUUGCCUCUAAACUUCCAACGUUUGAUGCCAAGAAGUCGUCAUUCUAUGGUAGCAGAAAGAAGACACUACCGCCAAUUCCGAACACCAGACCAGAGGUACAACUUGAAGUACGUUCACAGGAAUCGACAGGAACAACGAAGUCUAAGGUAGCAUGGUCAGCUAGUCUCCAAAACAUUGGACCAGGUGUUCCUAUUCAACACUGGGGUAAUUCAGUGUCGUCACCUGGAAAUCAGUCAAAGACAGUGUCGUCGGACGGAAAAACCCUCCCUGUUAUAGUUCCGGCUACCGAUUUACCUGGCAAAAAAAUGGCAGACACUACAGGAGCAGCAGUGACAACUAUAUCACCCCUCCAAAGGGCCAUCUAUCAGUUACUGAAGGCAGCAAGGAAGGAGAAAAUGUUGCCUUCUCAAAAUAGUACUCUGAAGGCCGCAACAUCAACCGGAAAUGACAUCACAAACACAGCGACUUCUAAACAACAAAUUGAAUCUGAAAAAGUUUCCGGACUGAAUCUUCCAGGUGUGUUUAUACCAAAACUACCAGAGCCAAGGAAAAGACAAUUUGAAAAUCUCCUCGGAUCAAGACGUCGAACGAUCACUGCUCAAGAAGCCAGUAUAUUCCGAAAUAACAGAAAAGGUACUACAUUCCUCACACAACGUACCACCAAGGCCACGCCCCCUUAUAUUCCCCGCAUUCAAACUUCUCGUACACUUCCUCCUCCCCCUCCAUUCAAGUUAUCUGAGCAACAAACAACAGAGUUUGUCGGAGGGAGAUCUUCAGUUUCACAGAAAAGUACACCAACAGAAAAACCCCGUUCAGCGGCUGAGGUGAAAGCUACCACCACCACUACUACUACCACUACUACCACACCGAAACCGACAACCACCACCACCCGCGCUACGACAACAACUACCAGGCCAACAACAACAACAACUGCAACUACAACAACGACACCAGCUCCCGAGCCAUUAGCCAUGGUACACUCUUCAUUGUCUGUGCCACAAACUCUCCUGGAUCGACUGCGGUCACAAGGCGCCGCCUUAAUCGAUUCAAAACCGACUUCGACGUCUACAACGAAAGAUGUUCAACAAGACAACACCCUGUCCACAAGUGCUGCUUCGGAAAGCAAAACAACCAGUUUUAUGACAAAACAAAAGUCGACCCUGUCGCCUCAAUGGCCGCCAGUUACCAUGCAGAGCGAGUGGCCGACACUUGCACCGAUUUUGGAUCAUCCGGAUGGGGCGGCUUUAAACCAAGCAGGCGCCCGGGACAGCUGGAUGAACAUAUUACAGUCAAGGCCAACACAAGCGGGCAUGCUAGCACCGUCCCCAACAAGGGAGACAUUCGGAUCUCUUUUUGAUCCUUCGGGAACAAUGCCACCAAUAGUGGAUAAUUCCAAUAUGUUCCCUUCAAUGAUAGGAAGACCGACUCAAAGUUUCUUCGAUCAAUUGAUCAAUAGUCCGACGGCAUAUCCUGUAGGUAAUGUACUCGGGUCAUCAUUUGACCCCACUAUCCAACCAAGACUUGGAACGACAACAGUUAACCCUGGUCAGACCGGAUCUACCAUCACACGUAGAGCUAUUAAAUCUACAAAGCCAUCACCGACCAAAGCAUCCCCUUCUACGCUUGGGGAACAACAUAAAGCUAGAAUACAGAAAGCCACUUCACAAAGAGUUACGAAGAUGCCUGAGGUUACAAAAAAUAUGCCUGGUAUCCCUGUCAGGUUAACGUCAAUGGAUCGGAUGUCUACUGUAGAAACAAACGAAAUGUUUCCUUCGUCAGCGUUUACAUCGAGUCCUGGUGUAAACACGCUGUUCCGGGCUGCAACAAGUCCUGAACCGUCUGUUGCAGCUGAUACAUCGAUGACCUUUCAAUCAACUAGAGGGUUCGGAAUCAGUAAGGUUAUGCCAACAGUCGCCUCGACUGUGUCCUCAGAUAUGCAGGAAAGAUCGUACUUUCCUACUAACAUGUCGGGGUCUACUGCCCACGUGAGCAUGGCUCCCACUUUCUCUACAACAAUAGACAGGAGACAUCUACAGGAACAGAAAGAGGCUAUGGAAGAAUUAGAGAAGCGACAAACGAUGGCAGCAAACAAUCUCAAAACUCAGCAAGAAAUGUUGCGGCAGAUUAAGGAGAUGCUAGCCGCACUUACCACCUUUUUUGAAAGAGGAAUUGUUAAUCGAAUCAUGGCGGUUGCAAAAUCUACUUCUAUUGCUCCACAACCACCAUCAACACUGGGUGAAUCGCAAGGACCAACAUCAUCUCCACAUGUAACUAUUUCUGGUAGACAAACACGUAGGGAUACACGUCAGCCUGAUGUUACGAAUCCAGUAGAGAUACAUGUAACAUCAACACCAGCUGUAGUUACAACAACACGGCCGACAACUACAACACAGGCUCCCACUACUUCAACAACUACUCCUACUACAACUACCACAACCCCUACUACUACUACCGAAACCACCACUACACCGAACCCUACCACCACAUCUACAGUUGCGCCACCUACACCACAAGACUUCCCGAUGGACGCAGUUAUACAGGGUUCUGGCAGUCUCUUCCAGCAGUUACAAGGCAUAACACAGGGACAGAACUACUCUGUCGUAAUGGACCAACCGCAAAGUCUUAACUCCAAUGCUCCGUCGCUUACAGAGCUCGCCUUGGGAGACACAAUUAUGAGAAUUAACAGCCAAGUUGAGAAUAAUCAGGGAUCUAGAUCUCAACCAUCACUGUCAACUACAGAUACUUUAACCCCGCAAAGUCUGGAAUAUAAACCUAUGUCUCCUCAGAUGGAACAAAAUUCACAAAAUGGCAAUCAACAAGGAACCACAGCUUCUCUUAGGGCACAACAUCAACGUCUUUCUGCAUUACUUACAAAACUGGGUUUGUCAACAAAUACCCAAACCUCCUCACAUGGGAAGAGUAACGGCUCUUCCGCGCAAGCUGAUUCUGCGAAAUUUCUAGCACUGCUAGCUGCGCCCCAACAAGCAACAGUAAACCAGGCACCACAAGUGCAAGAUAGAGGUACUGAUACAAGUGCUAUGGCCAAAUUAGAGAAAAUUAUGACAGGUUUACCCAAUGCGGGAUCACUAUCAUCUUUCGGUAACAACGCUCAAAUACCCAUGGUUCCCCCAACAAGGCCGACAACCCCACCAACACAGCAACAGGCUGGAGGAGGUUUCCAGUCCUUCCUUCAAAGCCUUUCCCCAGUGCAACGUCAACAGCUAAAAGGAAUUUUGAACGGAGGUGAACCGACCCCGCCCACCACUACUACUACACCAGCACCUCUUACGGAGCAAGAACAAUUCAACCAGAUGAUGACACGACUUUUAGCAAGCGGUGGUCAAGGCGGCGGUAAUCAGAUGCAGGCCAUGAUAGACUCUAUCAUGGGAGGCGGAGGAGGAGGUGGAAUGGGCGGUGGAGCAGGAGGCGGAAUGGGAGUAAUGGAUAUUCUGGGACAAAUGGCACAGGCGAACAUGGCAGAAAAGAUAGUUACAGGUGAAGGUCGCCUUAUGAGUGGAGAACUUGGUCCAAUGGACCGUCGGCUCCUUCGUCAAAUGAGACGUGGAAACAGACGUGGUGGUCCGAUGAGAAACGGCGGAGGUCCUAAUGGUGGACCAAGGAGAGGUGGUCCUGGACCAAAUGGCGGUAAAGGAGGAAGACGUGGUCCUAAUGGAGGACGGAGAGGACCCGGAGGACCAAAUAGACAAGGCAGAAGAGGACCUGGACGUAGAGGUCCAUUGAAUCGUAGGCGAAAUAUGAUGAUGCAAAGACAGAUGAGGGACCGCAUGCUUAGAGCCCGUGGAUUGGAGGUUCCAGAACCAGGAGAGAGACCCGGGUUAGGAGAAGGAGGACUUGGAUCAAUGAUGAUGAUGAGUCUACUGUCUGGAAUGGGACAGAACGAGGGUACCGGUAACAUGAUGGGGGGUGGAGGCGGAAUGGGUGACAUGAUGGGCGCACUUGGAGGAAUGGGCGGUAUGGGCGGCCUAAAUGCACUUUUUGGCGGCGGAGGGGGAGCUGGCGGCGGUAUGAAUAUGGCAAACAUGUUUUCUCAAAUGAUGGGUGGGUCUGGAGGGGGUUCCGGCGGUAGUGGAGGUAACCAGCCCACAUCGUCUCCUGCUGAAGGAAAUCCCGCAGAAGGAUCUGGCUCAGGUCAGGGAGGAGAUAUGAUGUCCGCCCUGAUGGGAAUGGGAGGCGGUGGAGGAGGAAUGGGAGGACUUUUCGGGUCUAUGUUAGGAGGCGGAGGUGGAGGUACAGGAGAGGCUGGAGAGGCACCGAUGGGAGGAAUGGGCGGCGGUUUGGGAGGGUUUGGAGGCGGCGGAAAUCCGUUUGGAAUGUUAGGCCUGGGACUUCGCAAGAAGAGAUCAACAGAUUCAGCUUAUUCACAUAGCAGACAGAAACGUGCCGUGUCAACUACAGCAGCUGGCGGAUCGAGCCCGGACAUGAUGCAGAUGCUAACGACCUUCAUGGGACAAAACAAUAUAUCAGCAGAAAUCAUGUUGCAGCUGUUACUUCAAGUGUCACAAGAACCGACAAACACUCCACCUACAAUGUCGCCCUCUAGUCAUCAGAUCUGGCCAACCAACAAACCAGCUGUUCAGCCUGCACCUACACCUAGUAUACUACCGGCUCCUGUUCCAACUGCUUUUCCAGUUCCUGUACAUACUGCCUUCCCAGCUCCUGUACCAACUGCCUUUCCAGUUCAUAAUCCACCUACGCCUUUCCCCCAACAGCCUGCACCUACUCCUUUUAAUGUCCCAAAACUACCUCAAACAACAGGAUUCAACACUCAUUUAACUCCAACACAGAGUUCCGGCCUUAGUGGUAUGGAUGCCAUGUUCGCCCUCGGUGGUCUAGGGGGAGGAUUCAACAGUGGGCAGACGGCGGGGAGUACUAGUGGACUAAAUACUGGUAUGGGUUCAAUGGCUGCUACUCUAGGAUCGAUGGGUGCACUUGGCGGUUCUAUGGGUGCUUUAAGUGGUGAUCUUGCAGCUCUCAGCGCUCUUGGAUUAACAGGAAUGGGAGGAACUUCUGGUGGAUUUUCGUCCACUAUGGGUACAUCAAGUGGAAUGGCCGGUCUUGGAUCGCUAGCUUCUGCAACUAAACCAGCACAAAGCGCAGCGAAUCCAUUGGCAAUCUCUGCAUUGAUGGGGAGCGCUGUAAACAGGGUACCAGCGAGUCUUGACGAUACUGCUGCCAUGGCGAAACUGACGCCAUCACAGAUGAUAACAAAAAUGGCACAAUAUCAACAGAUGGGUCUUACAAGAGAUAUACUAGCUGAUAUAAUGGACGUACCAGCUCACAUGCGUGGCCGUACAGGAGAUCCUAUCAUCCUGCCCCCAAAGGUUGAGGCCAAAGCUGUCAUGCUACGAUCACUCGGGAGAACGCCAGACCAAAUAGCUGAUGUAUUAGGAGAUAUGGUAGCAGCAGCGACGUCACCAUCAGCCAUGAGGAUGAAAGCCGCAAUGCAAUCCGCUGUGAUGUUAGGCCAUAGAGGUUGA